GGGCCAUUUAAAUGUGUGUGAGGGAGCCCCUGAAAUGGCCGCGCAGGUCGCUGCGGUGCGCGCAGUGUCCCGGGCCCCGGAGGAGCCGCCCCCGCUCCCCUCCGGGGACCGGCCUGGCAGGCCCCGCGGCAGCGGGCGCCGGCGGCGGAGCACCCCCGGCGAGGCGGCGAGCGGCGGCAAGCGGGCCCGGCUGAGCCAGCCGCAGCUGCUGGCGGGGCCCGGCCCGGCGGAGCCGCUGCCCCCGGCCGCCCUGCCCGGCCUGCCCGCCGCCGCCGGGCUCUUCACCUUCUCCCCGCUCAGCCUGCCGCCGCCCGCCGCGCUCGAGGAGCGCCGCCACCACCACCACCGACAUCGCCCCGCCACCGGCCCCGAUCCCGGCCGCCUGGCCGCCGGGCAGCCGCAGAAAGCAAGGCGGGGCAGCCCCGCGGACGGGGCAGCCGGGCGGCCCAGCAAGCGAGAAACUCCAGAUGAAAAUGGCAAAACCCAGCGAGCUGACAGUCUCAUUGUGAAGAAGAUCAAGAAAAAAAAGAAAAAGAAACACCGGGAAGAUAUGAGGGGAAAACGGCUGAAGAUGUACAACAAAGAAGUGCAGACAGUGUGUGCCGGACUGACUCGCAUUGACAAAGAGACUCUGUUUCAAGGACAGUGUGAUAACUUGGAAAUAAACAAGGAAUCCUUCAGGUAUCUGAAGGAUGAGCAGCUCUGCAGACUGAACUUGGGGAUGCAGGAAUACCGAAUACCCCAGGGAGUACAAACACCAUUUGUGACACACCAGGAGCAUUCUGUUCGUAGCAACUUCUUGAAGACUGGCACUAAGUUUAGUAACUUCAUUCAUGAAGAGCAUCAGUCCAAUGGUGGUGCUCUUGUCCUUCAUGCUUACAUGGAUGAACUCUCAUUUUUGUCUCCAGUGGAGAUGGAGAGAUUUGCAGAGGAGUUUCUUGCCUUGUCAUUCAGUGAAAAUGAUAAGAAUGCAGCUUACUAUGCCUUAGCCAUAGUACAUGGAGCAGCUGCCUAUUUACCAGACUUCCUGGAUUAUUUUGCUUUUAACUUUCCUAACACUCCAGUGAAAAUGGAAAUUUUGGGCAAGAAGGAUAUUGAAACAACAACGAUUUCAAAUUUUCACUCUCAGGUCAAUCGAACAUACUGCUGUGGAACCUACCGAGCAGGACCAAUGCGGCAGAUCAGUCUUGUGGGAGCAGUGGAUGAAGAAGUUGGAGACUACUUCCCAGAAUUUCUAGAUAUGUUAGAAGAAUCUCCAUUUCUCAGAAUGACGUUGCCCUGGGGUACUCUUUCUAGUCUCAGACUUCAGUGCAGGUCACAAAGCGAUGAUGGUCCCAUAAUGUGGGUGAGACCUGGAGAGCAGAUGAUCCCAACAGCUGACAUGCCAAAAUCGCCGUUCAAACGCCGCCGGUCAAUGAAUGAAAUAAAGAACCUCCAGUACCUACCUCGGACCAGCGAGCCCCGGGAGGUUCUGUUUGAAGACAGAACAAGAGCUCAUGCUGAUCAUGUGGGUCAAGGGUUUGACUGGCAGAGUACAGCUGCUGUAGGUGUUCUCAAGGCUGUACAGUUUGGGGAAUGGAGUGACCAGCCUCGUAUAACCAAAGAUGUGGUUUGUUUUCAUGCUGAAGAUUUCACUGAUGUUGUACAGAGACUUCAGUUGGACCUGCAUGAGCCUCCAGUGUCACAGUGUGUUCAAUGGGUGGAUGAAGCCAAACUAAACCAAAUGAGACGGGAAGGCAUUCGCUAUGCUAGAAUUCAGUUGUGUGACAAUGACAUCUACUUCAUCCCUAGAAAUGUCAUUCAUCAGUUCAAAACCGUGUCAGCAGUCUGCAGCUUGGCCUGGCACAUAAGACUUAAGCAGUAUCACCCCGUGGGGGAGACUUCUCAAAGUGCAGAAAGCAAUUCCAGCUUGAACAGUAGUGAUCCUGGGAAGACAGAGUCAGAAGGUGAACCCCAGUGCGUGAGUGUAAAAAUAGAGCCUGAAGAACCAGGUGUAGAGAUGCAGCUUACACCAGGGGUGUUCUCCUCCUCUGCUUCUUCGAUAUCAGGACUUGUGCAACCAGAUCAGGUGGCCCAGCCCCUUCCAGGUUUUAAAAUAGAGUCUGAUCAGCAACACAAUCCCCAGGCUCACGCAGGCUCUGCUGUGUGA